AUGGCCGCCGCCGCCGCCGCCGCCGCCGAGCCCUCCUCCGCCGACAGCCGCCGCUACGUCGUGGGCUACGCGCUCGCGCCCAAGAAGCAGAACAGCUUCAUCAAGCCCUCGCUCAUCUCCCGCGCGGCGGCGCGCGGCGUGGACCUCGUCCCCGUCGACGACGCGCGGCCCCUCGCCGACCAGGGCCCCUUCGACCUCGUCAUCCACAAGCUCUACGGCCACGACUGGCGCGCCCAGCUCCAGGCCUUCUCCGCCCGCUACCCCUCCGUCCCCGUCGUCGACCCGCCCCACGCCAUCGACCGCCUCCACAACCGCAUCUCCAUGCUCCAGGUCGUCUCCGAGCUCGACGUCCCGCUCACCGACGCCGCCUCCGCCUCCGCUGACGGCGAAGGCCACCGCCACACCUUCGGCAUCCCCAGCCAGGUCGUCGUCUACGACGCCGCCGCGCUCGCCGACUCGGGCCUCCUCGCCGCGCUCCGCUUCCCGCUCAUCGCCAAGCCCCUCGUCGCCGACGGCAGCGCCAAGUCGCACAAGAUGUCCCUCGUCUACCACCGAGAGGGGCUCCGCAAGCUCCGCCCGCCGCUCGUCCUGCAGGAGUUCGUCAACCACGGCGGCGUCAUAUUCAAGGUUUACGUCGUCGGCGGCCACGUCACCUGCGUCAAGCGCCGCAGCCUACCGGACGUCUCCAAGGAGAUCCUCGAGGACGCCGCCGCCGAGGGCACCAUCUCCUUCUCGCAGGUAUCCAAUCUCCCCAAUCAGCGCACGGCCGAGGAGUACUACGAGGACAUGCGGCUCGAGGACGCCGUCAUGCCGCCCACUGAUUUCGUCAACGAGAUCGCAGGCGGGCUCCGCCGUGCCCUGGGCCUGCAGCUCUUCAACUUCGACAUGAUCCGGGAUGUUCGUGCCGGGAACCGGUAUCUCGUCAUUGACAUCAACUACUUCCCCGGUUACGCGAAGAUGCCCGGCUACGAGAUUGUCCUUACUGAUUUCUUCUGGGAUAUGGUUCACAAGGACGACGUGGCCCUCAAGGAGGAGGAGCAGCAGAGCAAUCAUGCUGUUGUGAAAUGA